CCCAUGAUCGACAGGAAAGCGUUUGACCGCAAAAGUAUGAACAAAUUGACGCGGCGACUGAAAAUCAUCAUCUAGUUGAUAUCAGCUUCAUCCUAACUGAUACAUCGAACCUGGUGUUGCUGUGGCUUCUUUGACCUGCACCUGAAGGUUGAGAAACAGACACUAUGUUUCUGUAUAACCUGACCCUGCAGCGUGCCACUGGCAUCACCCACGCCAUCCAUGGAAACUUCUCAGGAACCAAGAUGCAGGAGAUAGUUGUUUCCAGGGGGAAGAUCAUUGAGCUGCUGCGUCCAGAUGCCAACACAGGGAAGGUUCACACCCUGCUUACCAUGGAGGUGUUUGGCAUCAUUCGCUCGCUCAUGGCCUUCAGGCUGACAGGAGGAACUAAAGACUACAUUGUGGUGGGCAGUGACUCAGGCCGCAUCGUGAUCCUUGAGUACCACCCCUCCAAGAACAUGUUCGAGAAGAUCCACCAGGAGACCUUUGGCAAGAGUGGGUGUCGUCGAAUCGUCCCUGGACAGUUCCUCGCCGUUGACCCCAAGGGCAGAGCAGUCAUGAUAGGUGCCAUUGAGAAGCAGAAGCUGGUAUACAUCCUGAACAGAGAUGCAGCAGCGCGUCUCACCAUCUCCUCUCCUCUGGAGGCACACAAGGCUAACACACUGGUCUACCAUGUGGUAGGAGUGGAUGUGGGCUUUGAAAACCCCAUGUUCGCCUGUCUGGAGAUGGACUAUGAGGAAGCUGACAAUGACCCCACUGGCGAGGCUGCAGCCAACACCCAGCAGACCCUGACCUUCUAUGAGCUGGACCUGGGUUUGAACCAUGUGGUGCGCAAGUACAGCGAGGCCCUGGAAGAGCACGGCAACUUCCUCAUCACAGUUCCUGGAGGCUCUGAUGGGCCUAGUGGAGUUCUCAUCUGUUCAGAGAACUACAUCACCUACAAAAACUUUGGGGACCAGCCUGACAUCCGCUGUCCCAUCCCACGCAGGAGGAAUGACCUGGAUGACCCUGAGCGAGGCAUGAUCUUCGUCUGCUCAGCCACCCACAAGACCAAGUCCAUGUUCUUCUUCCUGGCCCAGACGGAGCAGGGGGACAUCUUCAAGGUCACCCUGGAGACAGAUGAGGAGAUGGUUACAGAGAUCAGGAUGAAGUACUUUGACACCAUACCUGUAGCCACAGCCAUGUGCGUGUUGAAGACCGGUUUCUUAUUUGUGUCCUCAGAGUUUGGCAACCAUUACCUGUACCAGAUAGCCCAUCUGGGAGAUGACGAUGAGGAGCCAGAGUUCUCCUCUGCCAUGCCCCUGGAGGAGGGAGAUACCUUCUUCUUCCAGCCACGCCCCCUCAAGAACCUGGUGCUGGUGGACGAGCAGGAGAACCUCUCCCCCAUUAUGUCCUGCCAGAUUGCUGACCUGGCUAAUGAGGACACUCCCCAGCUGUAUGUGGCCUGUGGCAGGGGACCCAAAUCCACCCUCAGAGUCCUCAGACAUGGACUGGAGGUAUCAGAGAUGGCUGUGUCUGAGCUGCCCGGUAACCCAAAUGCUGUGUGGACUGUGCGCAGACACAUUGAAGAUGAGUUUGACGCCUACAUCAUCGUGUCCUUCGUCAACGCCACCCUGGUUCUGUCUAUUGGUGAGACCGUAGAGGAAGUUACAGACUCUGGCUUCCUUGGGACCACCCCCACCCUCUCCUGCUCUCUGCUGGGGGAGGAUGCUCUGGUGCAGGUGUAUCCUGAUGGGAUCCGUCACAUCCGUGCUGAUAAGCGUGUGAAUGAGUGGAAGACUCCGGGGAAGAAGACCAUUGUGCGCUGUGCAGUCAACCAGAGGCAGGUGGUCAUCGCUCUGACCGGAGGAGAGCUGGUCUACUUUGAGAUGGACCCUUCUGGCCAGCUGAAUGAGUACACGGAGAGGAAGGAGAUGUCAGCUGACGUGGUGUGUAUGAGCUUGGCCAAUGUCCCCCCUGGCGAGCAGCGCUCCCGUUUCCUGGCGGUGGGGCUGGUGGACAACACCGUCCGCAUCAUUUCCCUGGACCCCUCGGACUGUCUCCAGCCCCUCAGUAUGCAGGCCCUGCCAGCCCAGCCUGAGUCUUUGUGUAUAGUGGAGAUGGGAGGAGUGGAGAAGGAAGAUGAGCUAGGAGUGAAGGGCACUGUCGGCUUCCUCUACCUCAACAUUGGACUGCAGAAUGGUGUGUUGCUCAGGACCGUGCUGGACCCAGUGACUGGAGACCUGUCUGAUACUCGUACUCGGUACUUGGGGUCGCGACCUGUGAAGCUCUUCCGUGUCAGGAUGCAGGGACAGGAAGCUGUGUUGGCCAUGUCUAGUCGCUCCUGGCUGAGUUACUCCUACCAGUCCCGAUUCCAUCUGACGCCCCUGUCCUAUGAGACGCUGGAGUAUGCCUCUGGCUUCGCCUCUGAACAGUGUCCAGAGGGCAUUGUGGCAAUCUCCACCAACACUCUGAGGAUUCUGGCCUUGGAGAAGCUGGGUGCCGUGUUUAACCAGGUGGCCUUCCCCUUGCAGUAUACACCUCGCAAGUUUGUCAUUCACCCAGAGACAAACAACCUGAUACUCAUAGAGACUGAUCACAAUGCCUACACAGAGGCCACCAAGGCCCAGCGCAAGCAGCAGAUGGCAGAGGAGAUGGUUGAGGCAGCUGGUGAGGAUGAGAGGGAGCUGGCAGCAGAGAUGGCUGCUGCCUUCCUCAAUGAGAACCUGCCAGAGGCCAUCUUUGGGGCGCCCAAGGCCGGGUCUGGCCAGUGGGCCUCUCUGGUGCGUCUGGUCAACCCCAUCCAGGGAACCACUCUGGACCUGGUCCAACUGGAGCAGAAUGAGGCUGCCUUCAGUGUGACUGUUUGUCGGUUUGCCAGCGGAGGUGAUGACUGGUAUGUGCUGGUGGGGGUGGCCCGGGACAUGAUCCUUAAUCCCCGCUCUGUGGGAGGCGGUUUUAUCUACACCUAUCGGCUGGGAGGGGGAGGGGACAAACUGGAGUUUAUGCACAAGACUCCAGUGGAGGACGUUCCUCUGGCAAUUGCUCCGUUCCAGGGCCGUGUGCUGGUGGGCGUUGGUAAACUUCUGCGCAUCUAUGACCUGGGCAAGAAGAAGCUGCUCCGCAAGUGUGAGAACAAGCAUGUGCCCAACCUGGUGACUGGUAUCCACACCAUCGGUCAGCGGGUCAUAGUGACUGACGUACAGGAGAGUCUGUUCUGGGUGCGCUACAAGCGCAACGAGAAUCAGCUGAUCAUCUUCGCUGACGACACCCACCCUCGAUGGGUCACCACCGCCUGCCUGCUGGACUACGACACAAUGGCUUCAGCCGACAAGUUUGGCAACAUUAGCAUUGUGCGCCUUCCCCCUAACACCAGCGACGAUGUGGAUGAGGACCCAACUGGGAACAAAGCGUUGUGGGAUAGAGGUCUGCUGAACGGAGCUUCUCAGAAGGCUGAAGUGAUUAUGAACUACCACAUUGGGGAGACGGUGCUGUCACUGCAGAAGACCACACUGAUUCCCGGAGGCUCGGAGUCUCUGGUCUACACAACUCUGUCUGGAGGUAUCGGCAUCCUGGUGCCCUUCACCUCCCACGAGGAUCAUGACUUCUUCCAGCACUUAGAGAUGCACAUGCGCUCAGAGUUCCCCCCUCUGUGUGGCAGGGACCACCUCAGCUUCCGAUCCUACUACUUCCCUGUAAAGAAUGUGAUAGAUGGAGAUCUGUGUGAGCAGUUCAACUCCAUGGACCCCCACAAGCAGAAGAGUGUUGCUGAGGAGCUGGACCGUACCCCCCCUGAGGUCUCAAAAAAACUGGAGGACAUCCGCACACGCUAUGCUUUCUAGAACCCUCAUGUACUGUACAUACACAAACUGUAAUUUACAACAACUUACAUUUUGAGACUGUGCUGCGUUGUGUUAACAUGAGGAGGAGGUGAGAGCUUUCUUAGUUUCCUGCCGAAAAGUUGACAGAACAUAGUUUCCUUGCCUCUUCACCAUCUAUGAACACUGAAUCUAUCUUUAGGCCCUGGUAUGUUUAUUAGGCCUAUAAAAACGUCACUAAUUGUGGUGAAUGGUGUUAACUGUCUAUGGUGAAUAUUUACCCCAUGGUUUUCACUCACAUGUCAUUUAAACCUAGCUGGAUUCUUUAGAAUUUAUCAUGCGUCUAGCAUCAGUGCUUUAGACGGUCUCAUACAGGAGCAGUCGCUGGGUUUUCAAGCGUGAGAAGCAUGGCCUAGUAAACCAUUUGAUAGAAUUAGCUCAACUGUUUUUGCAUUGUGUGAUUUGUUUAAGCGAUCCGUUUGAAGUAUUUUUGCUUUAACUGAGUGCCACAAAUGAAAUGGAUUUUCUUUUAAUUUUCUGUAUCGAUUUGAAUCCUAAAAAAUGUUUGAGUCUCCAGCAGCUGUUUAUUUUGUGCUUAAAAAGUGAGUUCCUUUGAUGGACAAAUUGUCCAUAUCUAUUACACAGGAUGACAGGAUUGUGGACAAUAGCGAAGGAAAACCCACACUUUAGAAGAGAAAUAGCAUUCUCUAUUAGUCAUGAGAAAACGGAGGCAGACACAUUUGUAAAUAAAGUGUUUUUUUAAUCUCUUGUAAUGCCUUGUCACCUUGUCUGUUAUACUUAUGUGGGAGAGGCAAAGGAGCAGUGAGUUUUAACAAUAUUAGCAUAGUUUAAUGGAAAUGGCUAUAAGGCUUAGCCAAUCAGAUAUGCAGAGGUUGAUUGUAAGAUCAAUCUAUUUUAUGUAUGAAUGAAUCAUGUCUAUAUCCCUCCCUUUGAGAUUAUUUGCACUCCGGGAGAUUAAAUGCCAAAGAAAACA